AUGUGUUACAGGAUGCAGACAUCGUCAGCAUCAUCAGAUGGGAAGAAGAGGUACAAGGGAGUGAGAAUGAGGAGCUGGGGAUCAUGGGUUUCAGAGAUUAGAGCACCGAACCAGAAAACAAGAAUAUGGUUGGGAUCUUAUUCAACCCCGGAGGCUGCAGCCCGAGCCUACGAUGCUGCACUUCUAUGCCUCAAGGGUUCGUCAGCUAAUCUCAACUUCCCUUCAAGUUCUUCACAAUACAUUCCUCAAGACAAUGUCAUGUCUCCUAAAUCAAUCCAAAGAGUUGCUGCAGCUGCUGCAAAUAGUUUUUCUGACAAUGCCACAACCCCACCUUCUCCGCCCCCUGCCUCCGCCUCGACCUCCUCAUCCUCACUCGUCUCGUCCCCAUCAAUGUCCUCCGAUCAAAUCGAUGAUGAUGUCUCACUAAUCUCAUCAUUUGGGGCCUACGCUAGUUAUGAUCAGACUAAUGAACCAGUCUCUUUGAUGGACUCUUGGUAUAGCUUUGAUGAUUUGCAAUCUCCCAAGUAUGUGAAUCAAAUGCUCGGUGGUAAUUUGUUUGAUAUUGAUCCAACCCAGCUGCUCGAUGAUUUUUGCGAGGAAAGUGAUAUUCGUUUGUGGAGCUUCUGCUGAGAUAUAAAUAUAUAUAUAUAUGCAGGCCAAAACCCGAUUCUUUUUUCUUUACAGAUUGAUAUUCGUUUGCCUUCAGUGCUACAUGUUGAAGCUGAGAUAUAUUACAUUGCUGACUGUGACCAAAUUAAAUUUUCAUUUAU